AAGCAAACACCUGAACGAGUUUAGUCGAUGAGACACCUGUUAUAAAAAGCCUGGAGCCGGCGUUCUGAAUGCAGAAUCUGCAAAACCUGCAGGUCUUCGUUUGGGUCGUACUCCUCGUCAUUCCUAGCCGAGACUCCGAGGGAAUUUACCACACAGCCGGACAGGCUCACGAGAAAAUGCGACUGUUUCUCUUGCUGCUGCUUGUAGCUCUUGCAGUGGGUGCUUAUCAAAAGGCUGGCCAAAAUGGGAGACACGACCAAGACAUUCUAGACUUGACAGCAGAGGACACAGCUCUUGACAGGCGCGAGAGGGAGGUCAAAUCCGAUAAACAAAACACGGCGAAAGAACAGACCAACAAGGCAGACAAUAAAGCGAAGUUAAGUGCGAUGGUAACCAAAUACACGAAGGACGGAAAUGGUGACAAUAAAAGCGAAAGGAGGGAGGAACAGAGAACACCAAAACAAGUGGAAAAGAUAAGUAAUAUCAAGAAAGAGCGAAAAGAAUCAGAGCCGAAGGAAGAGAGGAAAUGGACACAAAGUCCAAAUUCAAGAGCAGAGAAACCUAGGCAACAAAGGAGAUUCAAAAGGCAGGGAGGACGGCAAAAGGAUGGGAAAGAGGACAAGAAGAGCAAGGAGGAUAGAAAACCCUCGAAAAAAAGAGGUACAAAGGAAGACAAGAGAGAAAAUAAAGACAAGGGAGAAAAGGAAGAAGGAAAUAAAAACGCGAAUGGCAGGGGGACGAAAAAGCAAAGCAAGAAAUAUAAUAGAGGCGACGGAGACAAGGAUAGGAGCAGAGAAGAGGAAAAUCGAGACAAGGAUAUGAGCAGAAAAGAGGAAAAACGAGACAGGGAUAGGAGCAGAAAAGGAGAGAAUCAAGACCAGCAUAAGGGCAGAAAACGACAAAACCAAGACAAGUUUAACGCGAAACGAACAAAACAACAAAAGGAAGUAAGCGAAGGGAGGCAUGGAAAGGCCACCGAGGAGGAAAAGGAAGUCAAGCCAAGCAGCCGAUCUGAAACGAACAUUAUCAAGGGCCGAAACCUUCAUAACGGAAAGGACAAAAACUCUGAGAAAAUCAACCGACCACAAAGUGCUUCCAAAAACAUUGCAAGAAACACGGGGAAUAUUGGAAUUCAAGAAAUAUGUGAGGGGGAAAUUGUUCUGGGAUACGGGGAAUCUGUUGUUAUCUACACCGACAAUGACCGCCAGAAGAAGAAAUGCAAAAACAAGAUUAAAACUCCUAAAUCGAGAUCUUUCUUCUGUCCAUUCUUUAAUCUGAACAGCAAAGGGUGUAAGAGGGAACUCCUGAAGUUCCGCGGCAAAGUCAACGGCAAGAAGCAAAUAGAGGAGUAUUGCGAACAAGACGCCCCAGAUGGCGUCAUUAUCUCCACUAAUAAGCUGACUAUGGCAUUCAGCCGAAAGCAGUUUAAGUCAAAUGAGUUCUCUGGUGGACUCUUGUGUGAGAUCUACACUGUAGGAGUUACUCCAACGACUACAUUUACUUCUCCAUCACCAAGCACAGCUCCUCCAUCUCCAGGAACGACCCCUUGCAGUAUCACCAGAGAGUACUGUAAUGGCUGCGGGGUAGCACCAAUUUCCGUUGGGAGCACAAAGAUUGUCAACGGAACGGCGGCGUCAGUGGGCGAGUAUCCUUACCAAGUGGCGGUUCUAUCCACCAUCGCCGGCAGACAGUAUCAGUGUGGGGGUUCAAUCAUCAAGGAAAGGUGGAUUCUUACUGCUGCCCAUUGCUUUUACGACAAUAGCAACAACAAGGCGACGAGUGUCGACAUUAUCUACGGCACAAUCGACAUCAACGGCAUCGGCGGUACAAGGGUUACGGCUUCGAGGUUCAUCGACCAUCCAGGAUACGACUCGAGUACCUAUGCCAACGACAUCGCACUGGUAGAGCUGCCGCAAUCUCUGAAUUAUGCGACCGAUACCAAAAUCCAACCGAUCUGCUUGGGACUGGAAGAGGACAUACCCUUCGGAGGCAAGGCGGUGGCGUCGGGAUGGGGAGACCUGUCGUUUGAGGGGUCAUCACCUGACGUCCUGCAGGAAGUAGAGUUAGAUAUCAUCACAAUAAACGAGUGUCAGCAGAAGGAGUCUUUACCGCCAGACACAAACUCGGUUGUAUGUGCUCUGACUCUCUACAAGGAUACCUGUCAGGGUGACAGCGGUGGUCCUCUUGUUGCGAAACUUUGUGACGGCACCUGGGCUCAAAUAGGAAUUGUCAGCUAUGGUUUCCAGUGUGCCGUCCCUGGCAAACCUGGUGUGUACACCCGUGUGUCUGCUUUCGCUAGCUGGAUCUCAAAUAACACUGGAGGCAGCAGCUGUAGUUCUACCCUGACACUUAGCGCAGAACUUGACAACCGUGCAAAAGAGAGGGAAGCAGUGAACGAAGCGAAAAAUGAAGUGGUUAGAAUUGGACAAGAUCUAGAUGGACUUGAAACUACACUGAACGCUACAAGGGGAAGACGGCGUAGACGCAGAAAUCUCACUCUGCUGCAGGAAUUGACAACUGCACUAAAUAAAUCGGCCGACGUUCUGCUAAGCAGGAACGUCCAGAGAAUCAAUUCCCUCUCUAGCGAACUGGCAGCUCUCAGAGGCAGACUUGUAGUAUUCACUGCACAAGUUGCUGCAGGUGCUUCAGGACUCGAUGUGCCAGCGUUGUUGGCCGGUGUAGGAAGUGCUAAGCAGACGGCUCAAAAUGCCACUAAGGUGGCUCGGCAAGAACUAGCAGAAAUUGAGGUUGAAAUUCAAAUUAUUGUUGCGAAAUUUGAAAACAGCGGUAGCACCGUCCCACCUUUGCCAUCUCUCGAACCUGAACCUACUGUCAAGCCAGUAACUCCAACUACGUCUCCCACAACUCCGCCUCCUACAACUCCAAAUGUUCCAACAACAAUUGCUCCAUCGACUACAGCUUCUCCUCCAACACCAACCACAGCUCCUCCAUCUCCAGGAACAUCCACGUGCAGUAUCACUAGAGAAUACUGUAAUGGCUGCGGAGUAGCACCAAUUUCCGUUGGGAGCACAAAGAUUGUCAACGGAACGGUGGCGUCAGUGGGCGAGUAUCCUUACCAAGUGGGGGUUCUACCCACCAUCGCCGGCCUAGAGUAUAGGUGUGGGGGUUCAAUCAUCAAGGAAAGGUGGAUUCUUACUGCUGCCCAUUGCUUUUACGACAAAAGCAGCAACAAGGCGACAAGUGUCGACAUUAUCUACGGCACAAUCUACAUCAACGGCAUCGGCGGUACAAGGGUUACGGCUUCGAGGUUCAUCGACCAUCCAGGAUACAACUCGAGUACCAAGGCCAACGACAUCGCACUGGUAGAGCUGCCGCAACCUCUGAAUUAUACGAUCGAUGCCAAAAUCCAACCGAUCUGCUUGGGACUGCAAGAGGACAUACCCUUCGGAGGCAAGGCGGUGGCGUCGGGAUGGGGAGACCUGUCGUUUGAUGGAUUAUCACCUAACGUCCUGCAGGAAGUAGAGUUAGAUAUCAUCACAAUAGACGAGUGUCAGCAGAAGGAGUCUUUACCGCCAGACACAAACUCGGUUGUAUGUGCUCUGACUCUCUAUAAGGAUACCUGUCAGGGUGACAGCGGUGGUCCUCUUGUUGCGAAACUUUGUGACGGCACCUGGGCUCAAAUCGGAAUUGUCAGCUAUGGUUUCCAGUGUGCCGUCCCUGACAAACCUGGUGUGUACACCCGUGUAUCUGCUUUCGCUAGCUGGAUCUCAAAUAACACUGGAGGCAGCAGCUGUAGUUCUACCCUGAGGAGUUCAGGUGUGUUCUCUGAUAGUUCAUCAUCACCAUUUCCAAAAUUUGAAUUGAGGAGAGUCUGAACCAUUCUCUGCGUGUUGAGAGCAUGUACUUUGACCUGAAUUACUUUCAGCACCUUCAUUUGAAACUGAUAAUCUGGAACAGAUUCAUAAUGUAAAAGUAUUACUGAUCCCAAGGUAUUCAUCACAUCAAAAGAUUAUUCAUAUCAUCAGAAAAUCCCACUAAGGGGAUAACUCCACUGUAUAUUAUUCCCCGAAUGGGAAAACUAUAUCAGAUUGUCAUAGCAAUUAAAACUACAAAACU